CCAUCCCACCCGACAUCGACUCGGUCGUCCCAUCGCAUCCAUCGCAUCCAUCCGACAUCGACUCGGUCGUCCUCUUGCUCAUCCCCCGGGCUCCAAGCGUCUCGCUGAUCCGUUGUCCUGCUUGAUUCCCGCCCGAUAGCACCCAACGCUUUCCACAGAAGCAUCGCCAGCUCAUCCAUCCCUCCUCCCUCCUCCUCCACCAGCCCAAACAACCCGAUACCGCUCGUCGGCACCGUCGCUGCAUCAUGCUUUCGACAAGACGCUUCAGGCUGCUUGUCGCCGUAAUUGUCCUGUCGGUCGUGGCACUGUUUUUCGUCAUGGGCUUCAAACCGAUCUCGACGCCAGAGGACAAGAACCAGUUCCCCGAAUCAAACCCACCCGAACCAAGCCCACCCGAACCGAGCCCCACCAAACCAGCUCCGGUUCCCAGUGCCGAGGGCAUCACCAAGCUGCUGGACAGAUGGAGCACCGAGAAGCAAUCCGCCCUUGCUUUGAACGACUACAACGGCCUGAUUCGCCAUAUGUCGCUGUACAAGGAGCUCGUCGGCUUCCCUGUGCGUGCUGCCAACAUCCAUGAUCCAGACGUUCCUGCGCUGCGGCUUGCCAUCCAGGAGCUCGAGGAGCGCCUCUUCCCCUUCAUCGAUCGAAAGCGCCAAUUCAAGUCGAUCCAGAGCAUGAGGAACUCCUACAUCGUCGACAAGGGCAUCGUCCUCACUUGCGGUCUGGGCCACUUUGAGUUUGCCUACCAUACCGUUCGCAGCAUUCGCUUCUCGGUAAACUCGACCCUCCCAAUCGAGGUCUUUUACACGAGCGUCGGCACGGCCAAGGAUGCCGAGAACAUCAAGCUCCUCGCCCAGAUCCCCAAUCUCGUGGUCAAGAACCUGAAUGACUUUAUCGACCCCGUCGCCGUCGCCGUUACCACCUUUGCGUACAAGCCCUACGCCCUGAUGGCGAGCUCGUUCAAGGAGGCCAUCCUGAUCGAUGCCGACAUAUUGUUCUUCCAGGACCCCAAGGCGAUCUUCCGGUUCAAGGGAUACCAGCAAACCGGCAUCUAUCUCUUCCGUGAUCGAACCACACACAACCCCGGAUCCAAGGGCCGCAACAUGCCCUUCAAGAUGCUCCGGAAGCUGGUCUGGCCGCCAUCCGAAUACGUGACGCAGAACAGCCGAGUUUACCUGGGCCUCAGCGACCACGAGGUCGACUCGGGCGUUGUUGCCAUCGACAAGAGCAAGAACUUCUACGAGCUCCUCUUGAUCGCAUUGCUGAACGGCAAUCACUUCCGUGGUCCGCUCUGGAGCGCCUUUUAUGGCGACAAGGAGUUGUUCUGGAUUGCCUUUGAAAUGAUGCGGCAACCAUUUUACUUUGAGCGCCAUGGCGGUGGGGCUGCCGGGUACCUGGCCCCCGACAACGGCGUAUGUGGCGGUCUCUUCCACCAGGACGACACUGGCCAUCCGUUUUGGAUGAACGGAGGACUCGUCUUUGAUCGCCACGAUGUUGCUGGCAAAACGAAGACCCUCAACGUCACCCACUGGUCGACCGAUAUCACCUGGACGACGCAUCGCUGGACAUGGCCCCAUGAAGGCAACCCUUUCUGUCUCUAUCAGGACGGGCAGCUGGACGGACAAAUGGGCAGUUUUGACGGAACAUACAAGGAAGCUGCCGAGUCAAACCACCGGUUGUGGAUCGAGCAAGGACCGAUGUUUGGCAGAGUGAUUGCGGCGGAACCAGCCAAGUCGGAUUCCGUGACCGAGCCGAAACCCUGAUCUGAUCGUGCCGGGCGAACGAGGCGGCCACGCCGACUUACUAUGAUUUGAGCCCAAAUAGAGACCCGGGUGGAUCUUUGGCCACCCAACAACAGCA